AUGAUUUGUCCUCUUGUUUGUGAUUAAAACUGCAUCAAUUACUUGUUUGAAAAAGGAUAGAUUAUUUCAAUAGUAAGUGUUGUGUUCGCAGUUACAAUCAGUUGGUUCUUGAUUUGGAAACAUUUAAACUAUUUCAAUUUCCCCUAUUUUCAAAGCAAAAUUAUCAGUAUGCAAUUUUCAUGAUAUUAGUCAUAUUAAUGAUGUCUCCUUUUUAUGCUGUCAUUUCAAUACUAUCACUAGAGAUCGCAGUAUUAUAUUAUUUUAAAAGAAUUUAGCAUAAUACUUUGAAUUGAUAAGAGACAUUUACUUAGCCUUUUUAUUGUUUACAUUCUUUUAUUUGAUGUUUUCUUAUAUGGCAUACGAUGAGGAAUUAGACAAGAUAACAGAUGAGAAAGUGUAUGAAACAAUGAUUUAAAAUGAAGAAUAUAUAGAGCAUUUAUGGCCAUUUAAUCAUUGCUCAAGGAAAUACUAUUUAACUACAGAGUCAAAGGCGAAAUACUUCACAUAUAGAUGUAAGAAAUUUGUACUCCAAUACUGCAUCAUUAAACCAGUUUUUACUCUUUUCUUGAUCGUUUCAUAACCCUUCCAUUCGAAGUUAAUCAGCUCUUUGGAAUUGGCCUCCGAAAUCAUAAUUGUAUUGAGUGAGUCCUUUUCUCUGUAUUAUUUAAUCCUCUUCUAUGUGGCUCUUAAGAAACCCUUAAGUCCUUAUAAGUAUAAUUAUUGUAUUUGAAUUUUUAGGCCACUAUUGAAGUUCUUGAUAAUAAAAAUAACCCUAUUCUUUACAUUUUGGCAAUCACUUGUGUUGUCUGUAUUCAAAAAAUAAAUCGGGGAAUGCUUUGAACCAGACGAUAUUCACUUUACGGAUGAAAGAAUCAUUAGUAGUAUUGAAAAUACCUUAGUGUGUUUGGAGAUGUUCAUCAUGACAAUUGCAUGCAUAUUUGCUUUCAGUUAUGUUGAAUUUGAGAAGGAUUAAAACACUAAGGGAACUCUUAAAAAGGCUAUAAGCGAUAAUUGGAAGGCCUUCAAGCAUGACUUUAGAUUAAUAAAGCCGAAGAAGUUUGGGUAUUUAAAUGACAUUUAUCACUCUAAUUAGGUACACACCCAAAGUACAUCAUAUAGAAUUGAAGGAGAGGUUGAAUUUAUCUUAUGAAGUUGAUAUCAAAUUUGAGAAAAUGAAUGUGAAAUAAGAAUAUUUAUGA